GACAGCUUAAGCUUAUAGCAUUUGUAAUUUCCAUGGCUAGUAAAAAUGACGGCGGAGAAGUCAAGUACAGAGGCGUUAGAGUACGGCCAUGGGGAAAAUUUGCAGCGGAGAUACGUGACUCGGCACGCCAAGGUGUACGUGUUUGGUUAGGUACGUUUAAUACGGCAGAAGAAGCAGCUAGAGCUUAUGAUCGUGCGGCUUAUACAAUGAGAGGCCACUUAGCUAUUCUUAAUUUUCCAGACGAAUAUCCUCCGACAAGUGGGGGAAGUCGUGGCCGCGGUGGUUCUAGUUCUAGUAGUGGUUGUUCUUCUGCGCCUCAUUUUGCUUCGGGCUCCUCUAGCUCUUCUUCGUCUUCAAUGCACAAGCAAGUAUUCGAGUUCGAGUAUUUGGAUGAUAAGUUACUAGAGGAAAUGCUUGAGGAAGAAGAGCAAAGGAGCAAGGACAAGUAAACGAUAAGA